GGACACAGCGCUCUCAGUGCAGGCAGAAGCAGGGACUCUCUGUGAGGGGAACUUUGUGACUAUGAAACUUAGGAAUAAUUGCAAAAUAUUGUAAAAAAUUACCAAAAUCCCUCGUGAAUCAAUAACCUGCCCCUUGGGUUUGAGGUUUUUAGUUUAGUUUGCCCGGAAAGGGCUUCUACACUCACUAUUCUUACACUUUUUUUUGAAAGAAUGUGUGAGACAGACAGUUAGCCAGCUAGCCAGCCAGCUAGCUAGCUGAGAGGUGAUACAGGCGGCAGGAGAACAAAAGAUUUUUUUUUUUUUUUUGCGUUUUGGCCGCUUGUACUGACACCAAGUCCAUGCAGAACGUGUCAUUACCAUCACAAUGCCCGUUUUACUUUUUCUGAUAGACACGUCCGCUUCAAUGAACCAGCGCACCCAUCUGGGCACUACCUAUCUGGACGUAGCAAAAGGCGCUGUUGAGACUUUUAUGAAGCUCAGAGGCAGGGACCCGGCCAGCCGAGGGGACCGGUACAUGUUGGUAAAUUUUGAAGACGUUCCGCUCGGGAUAAAGGCUGGAUGGAAGGAGAGCCACGCCACAUUCAUGACAGAGCUGAGGAACCUACAAGCAACCGGACUCACAGCUAUUGGCCAGUCCUUGAGGACCGCUUUUGAUUUACUCAAUCUCAAUAGAUUAGUGACUGGGAUAGACAACUAUGGACAGGGAAGGAACCCCUUUUUCCUCGAACCCGCCAUCAUAAUCGCCAUCACCGACGGCAACAAGCUGACCUGCAGCAGCGGAGUCCAAGACGAGCUCCAUCUGCCUCUGACCACCCCGCUACCAGGUAGCGAGCUGACCAAGGAGCCCUUCCGCUGGGACCAGCGUCUGUUCGCUCUUGUGUUGCGCAUCCCCGGCAACGCUUCGGUAGAGCCCGAACCCCUCGGAGGCGUCCCACCUGACGAUUCGCCCAUCACCCCCAUGUGUGAGGUCACCGGAGGUCGCUCGUACAGCGUGUUCUCACAGCGGAUGUUGAAUCAGUGUUUGGAGUCUCUGGUACAGAAAAUCCAGAGCGGAGUGGUGAUAAACUUCGAGAAGACGGGGCCCGACCCUCCUCCGCUUGAGGACGCUCCAGCUGAAACGGUGAAGUCCGGUCUGCAGCCUUGGCAUUGCUGUCACAAGCUGAUCUAUGUACGACCCAACCCUAAAACCGGUGUUCCCAUUGGUCACUGGCCCAUCCCGGAGGCCUUCUGGCCGGACCAGAACUCCCCCACGCUGCCCCCCCGCUCAGCCCACCCCCACGUACGUUUCUCCUGUCUGGAUGCGGAACCCAUGGUGAUAGACAAAGUACCCUUUGACAAGUAUGAGCUGGAGCCCUCGCCUCUCACACAGUACAUUUUGGAGAGGAAAUCCCCGCACACCUGCUGGCAGGUGUUUGUGUGUAAUAGUGCCAAGUACAGUGACCUGGGGCAACCCUUUGGUUACCUGAAGGCCAGCACAGCUCUGAACUGUGUCAACCUGUUUGUAAUGCCCUACAACUACCCCGUGCUUCUGCCACUUCUGGACGACUUGAUCAAAGUGCACAAGUUCAAGCCCACCAUUAAAUGGCGGCAGUCCUUUGAGAACUACCUGAAGACCAUGCCUCCGUAUUAUAUCGGGUCCCUGAGGAAGGCUCUGAGAAUCAUGGGAGCACCAAACCUGCUGGCUGAUAACAUGGAGUAUGGCCUGAGCUACAGCGUGGUCUCCUACCUGAAGAAGCUCAGCCAGCAGACAAAAAUCGAAUAUGACCGCCUGAUCGCCUCCAUUGGUAAGAAGCCAGCACCGGAGGCCGGCAUCAAGGUGCGUUGGCGGGGUGGAGGCAUAUCUCUGGCACAGCGCAGGGACUUCAUCCAGCAGCUGCAGAGUCUCACAGGAGAGACUCCAACUCUGCCCCUGGAGCUCAACCCCAAAGAGUUCCAAGGCUUUCACCUGGCACUACUCAACAAGGGUCUGAAGCCACAGAGCUUUAGGAAUCCCUACGACAUCCCUCGCAGCCACCUGCUGGACCAGCUCAGCCGCAUGAGGAGGAACCUGCUCAACACCAGCGUCUGUAAUCUCAGAGGACAGGACUCAGACCAGCUCCACAGCGUGCCAAUAGCCCAGAUGGGCAACUACCAGGAUUUCCUCAAAGCUGCUCCUCAGCCUCUUCGAGACGCAGACCCUGAGCAGCCCAAGCGCCUGCACACAUUCGGCAACCCCUUCAAACUAGACAAGAAGGGUAUGAUGAUCGACGAGGCGGAUGAGUUUGUGACCGGCCCGCAGAAUAAGGGCAAGAGACCAGGAGACAGCAGCAACAUGCCGGGCGGAGGACCCAAGAGACGGCGCUGCAUGUCGCCUCUUCUUCGCCUGGGCCGAGCCUAUACCCCCCCAGUGACCCCUCCCGCCAGCCCUCGACCCACAGCAGACAUGGACGACGGAGCGCUUGAACCAGACCUGAUCAUCAACCACCUGAAUCAGAACCACUACGGACCAGACGGGAGCUCAGAUUCGGAGACGGAGAAUCCCUCAGGACCUGCAGACCACCAGGAGAACCACACGGCAGCGGACCCACAGGACCUCCGGCACAGUGACGAGGAGGAGAACGGGCGGCCCAGAGUCGGAGAGCUGCCGCCAGGCAUCGAGGGAGGAGCGGAGAUGGUGCUGGUGGAUGAUCAGCCGCCUCGAUACCUGUCACCCGCCGCUCUGAAGAAACACAUUCACAACGAGACGGUUAAGGUCAACAACGAGCUGAGGGCGCUCAUCACCAAGGAGAUCAGGAAACCAGGCAGACACUACGAGAAGAUCUUCCACUUCCUGAAGCAGAUCCAGGGCACUUUGGACACCCGGCUCAUCUUCCUCCAAAACAUCAUCAAAGAGGCAGCCAGGUUCAAGAAGCGCGUUCUCAUCGAGCAGCUGGAAAACUUCCUAGAAGAGAUCCACAACAGAUCCAAUAACAUGAACCAUGUGGACACGCUCUGAGAUUGGCUCAUUCCCAAAUCCCAAACUGAACUUACUGAUGUUGAACCCAACAACCCUCCAUCCCUCUAACCCCCCCCCACCCACCCCCCCUCCCUCCCCUCCUGCACGGGGCCCCGUGGAGACGAGACAGGACAGCAUCCAGCUCUCAACCCAUCACUUCUUCAGUGGACUCUUCAUGUUCUCAACAUCAACAACGGUUAUGUUGGUUUACACACCGUCUUUACAAACUAAAGGCAGUGUCGACCCUGGAUGAUGCGAGUGCGUUCCGCAGAUAUACAUUAGUGGAAGCAUUUGUCUUUCUACAGGUGAAUGUUUUGCCUAUGCAAUGAGGUUUUUGGCCUGUAGAACAUUUUGUGUGUGGUUCCUUUCCGAUCUGUGAAACCGUCCUCAGCUGUUACCCUCGAUUUAUUCUCCUCCCCCGAUCAGAUUUUCUUCUUUUUUUUAAAACGACAAACGAGAGCGUAUAAUCUCUCAAACGGGGGGGAGGUGCAGUAAACAAGGGAUUGCAGGACUUUCUGGAGAGGAAACAAAUGACGCCUGGAUGUGAUGUUCAGUCAUGUUUUAUCUGUGACGGUGUGACGGACCGACCGGUGUAGGCAGGGUUCAGGUUGUGUGUGUGGUUGUGUGUGCGUUUUCAGCCAACUCAGGGUCACACGGGAUCCAGCGGAGACGCUCAUGAAACACUUUUCUUCCCACAUGCCUUUUCAUGCAGUCACUUUUCCCUUCAUGUUUGGUCUUAAUUUAGGUUUUUGGCAUUUUUGUUUUGUGGGAGGAUGGGAGUCUGUUGUUUUGUUUGACUGUUAUUUACUUUCUACACUCCACUAACAGAAGCACUCCACCUCUGUGCUCGUAAAUGGAUAAGACUUGGCUCAAAUAUUGAAUUUGUCGACUUAUGGUUUACCUACCAGGCUAACAAUUAAUAUAAUUGAGCAUUAACUCAAGAGUGAAAAAUAUUUGUUCCCUCUGAGGGGAAAAAAAAAAAACGGACCCAUGAUUUUCAUUACGUCUGGAGACGGUAAACUUAACAAGUCUGUUUUGUUUUUUUGCAAUGCAGGUUUUCAGAGAGAUCAAUACAAAGUAAAAUCAUUUUAAAUGAUGCCACAUCAUUGGUUACAAAUGUUGAAAUACAGGGACAAAAAGCUCAGGAACUGACACUAAUGCAUCAUAAUGAUCAGCAAUAACAUUGGAGCCACUUUUACUCAUUUUUAUCUUUUUAUUUUAACCUGAAACAGCUGAUAUGUAACACAAACUGUUGUCCCCUGGAGUGCUGAUGAACCGAGGUCUUGGAUGCCAGCUUGUCCCAACGUGCUGGUCGCUGCCAAAUAACUUAACCCGCCCUUAAACUCCUUCUCCCCGCCAUGAAUCUCAAACCAACUCCUUGUCACUUAACCGUGAAUGCACUUGUGUAAAUUUGAGAACUUUUAUUUAAUGUAACUUAAAAGAAAAAAAAAAACCUACCUUGCUGCAAUUUUUUUUUUUUGUUUGCCAACAAUCCUUAUCCUUUUGGUCAGACCUGUUCAAUUUUCUCAAAUAUACACAAAUAAUCCGAAUUAAGGUCUAGAGGUCAAGAGUUGAUUUCUGAUUCAGGGGGCAGCCCUCUUCCGUUCCCUCCCUCCUUGGACAGGGACCAAAAUCUGCCAUACUUGUCUUUGUUUGUGAAGAGGCCGCUACCAAAAGAGUAUUUUGAAUACACUGUAAAGUUGUAAAUAACCCUAGAUUACUAUUUAAAGAGAAUGUUCAGUGGAAAAUGGCCUUUUUGUAAGUAUUUCCAUGAAUAAAGUUUCUAUUUUACACUGUGAAGGGCCAUGUAAAUAAAGUGUUCUGUAAAGAUGUGA